AUGGCCAGUGGCUUCCUCCCAUAUCAUGAACCAGGAACGGUUCAAAUCCUCGUCGUCGUUUCCUUCUUCUUUUUGCUUUCCCUUGCAAAAUGGGUCUCGGCGAAGGUGAUCCACGCUGGGGUUAUAGGUCAAAUCGCCGUCGGCAUCAUCUACGGUGUACCCUUGGCCAACAUCCUUGAGUAUAAGUGGCAAGAGACUUUUGUCACUCUCGGAUAUGUAGGUCUGAUUCUGAUCAUUUUCGAGGGCGGUCUUGGAACUCGUUUGGAUCUUCUGAAACAAAACUUCACUUUGAGCAUGAUUGGCGCGGCAACUGGCGUCUGCUUCCCAAUUGGUCUUUCAUAUCUUUUGCUCUAUUUUGGCUUCGGUUAUGGUGCAGUGGAGACUUUCAUCAUCGGCGCGGCUCUUUCCGCCACCUCACUAGGGACUACCUUUGCUGUAAUCAGCUCUGCGUCUAACUCGGUCAAUCUCUCUCAAACUAGAGUGGGGUCAAUUCUAGUGAGCGCUGCGGUCAUCGAUGAUGUGACGGGACUUGUUAUGCUAAGUGUCAUUAGCGAUUUGGGUCGACUCUCAGAAGAUGGCAAUGUCAACCUGGGCUGGCUCAUCGGACGCCCCAUCGUGGCAUCGAUGGCCAUGGCCAUCGUAACUCCCAUCGUCACCAAAUGGAUUUUCGCGCCGUUUUUCCGAACAUUCAUUGAAUACCACUUUGCGCUCUUCGACCAUAUUUCCAACAUCAUCCUCAUGAUCCUUGUGCUCUCGGCGUUUAUUGCCAUCGCUGGGUUUGCUGGUACAUCGGUCCUCUUCGGUGCCUUUCUGGCGGGCGUGGUUCUCACAUACCUUCCGAGCAAGCGCCCCGAAGGACCAUUUGUUGUCAUGAGUCGCGAGCAAGGUGAACGUGAAGCGGAUAAAAGUCCUACUUUCGUGCACACCUUUGAAAAAUAUCUGUUGGCACCUCAGCAGUAUUUGAUGGAACCUCUCUUCUUCUCAAGUAUUGGGUUUGCUAUUCCAUUCCUGAAGCUCUGGACAGGGAAACGGAUUUGGAGAGGUGUGGUUUUCACCCUCCUUAUGGCGUUUGCAAAGUGGAUUGUCGGAAUUUGGAUACCUAUAUGGCAACUCGCUUCGGGGAGUCAAUCCCACAGCAAAGGGGCGCCAAAUGAGCAGCAGCAAAGCCAGAACACGCUAAAGCUCGAGGGGGAUAAUCCAACCACCCACGUCGGACAAGGCGAACAGCAAAAGGAAAAUAAAUGGAACCGGGCCUGGCUCGCUGCCGCGCUUUUGGGAUCCGCCAUGGUAGCACGCGGUGAGAUUGGGCUAUUGAUCAUUGAAAUCGGAUAUAACAAAACCCCAUACGUUAGCGAUGAGGGCUUCAUCACUGGUGUCUGGGCUAUCCUUCUCAAUACCAUCAUUGGCCCAGUCACUGUCGGCCUCCUUGUUCGCUUCUACGCGGACAAGCUCGAACAUGGGGAUUGGGGAUUACAAGAUCCUUCUAUGCCUGUCUCGAGCCAGGAGACUGGCCACGGAGCAGUCUAG